AUGAGCAAAGUUGCUCGUUGGGAUUACUACUUGGGCACUGCGGUACUCGAAUUCGCUGCCGUGUCUUCUGAAGAAGAGAAGCUUUUCGUGGGAGGGCUCAACUUCAACACCGAUGAGCAGGCUCUGGAAGACCACUUCAGCAGCUUCGGUCCUAUUUCCGAGGUGGUCGUUGUCAAGGACCAGGAGACCCAGCGAUCCCGGGGUUUUGGUUUCAUCACCUUCACCAAUCCAGAGCAUGCCUCAGAUGCCAUGAAAGCCAUGAAUGGAGAGUCUCUGGAUGGUCGCCAGAUCCGUGUGGAUCACGCCGGCAAGUCGGCCAGGGGAACUAGAGGGGGUGCCUUUGGGGCCCAUGGGCGUGGUCGCAGCUACUCUAGAGGUGGUGGGGACCAGGGCUAUGGGAGUGGCAGAUAUGACAGUCGACCUGGAGGAUACGGGUAUGGAUAUGGAAGGUCCAGAGACUACGGUGGCAGAAGCCAGGGUGGUUAUGACCGCUACUCAGGAGGAAAUUACAGAGACAAUUACGACAGCUAUGGGAUGUAUCGAAUACAAAAGGGUUUGCAAUGGAAGUGCCUUGUGAACACCAACACUCUGUAA